UCGCUGAUAUUCCAACUUAUCACGCGAAAAAUACAUCCAUUUCGACACAUUUUUAUUCUCCUUAAAGGUUUUACUUUCCUGUCAAUUUUUCCCAGUGUUUGUAUUCAUUUGAAUUUCACUCGUGAUUACUACAGAUUGCGACUAUUUAAGUUGCAUAGGUUUUAAUGAUGCCAGUAGCAGAUGUAAAAUCUAGCUGGGCUGAUGAGGUAGAGGAAGAGGGAGGAGCAUUGCCACCGCCUUCGGAAACUUAUGAAAAUGGAUUCAAAGUUCUAACAGAAUAUAAAUAUAAUCAAGAUAACAAAAAAAUCAAAGUGGUCCGCACAUACAAAGUUGAGAAACGCAUAGUUUCAAAGACAAUCGCAGUGCGCAAAAAUUGGGCCAAAUUUGGAGAUUCUGCAACUGACAGGCCUGGACCAAAUCCUGCCACUACAGUUGGAGGUGAAGAUGUUUUCAUGCAAUUCAUUUCUAGUAAGGAAGAAGAAAAUAAGAUCGAAGAGGAUAAUCUUGAUAAACUAAAGAGUAUGGGAGACAAAGGUGUUGUCAAGUGCCGUAAUUGUAAUGGAGACCAUUGGACGUCAAAGUGUCCGUACAAAGAUACUGUUCUUGCUGGAGGGAAAGUACCGGAUGAUAAGAAACCACCUGGUGCUCCUGGUGCUCCUGGAGCAAUGGCAGAAUUGAAACCACAGGGUAGCAAAUAUGUACCACCUGGGAUGCGCGAUGGAGGCAAUAAACGCGGAGAUUCUAUGCAAAUGCAACGACGCGAUGACAUUACUACUAUCCGUAUUUCUAAUUUAUCAGAAAGUACCACGGAUGCAGAUUUGGACGAGCUUGUGAAGCCAUUUGGAACUGUACUCAAAUUUUACCUUCCUAAAGACAAGCAGACCAAUCUUUGUAAAGGAUUUGCGUAUGUACAUUUCAAGUAUAGAAUGGAAGCUGCAAAAGCUAUUGCUACACUCAAUGGUUAUGGUUAUGACCAUCUUAUUUUGAACGUAGACUGGUCAAAGCCACAAACACAUAAUAAUUAAAAUUAAAUUUCUAUUAUCCGGGGUCCGCGGUAUAAAAAAAAAAGUAAAACAAUUUGAAACUGUUUCUUUAUUGUGACACCAAGGGCAGAAGCGUAAAGUAUUUAAUAUCAUGACACAUUGGCUGGAGAGAGGCUGGAGUUGUUAAUAAUGAAGGAAACAAAAAUAUAUUUAAUCUCAAUUUUCAAUGCCUUGCAGAAUAAACCUUGUAGGGUUUAAUCAAAAGUAUAUUAAUAGUAUUAGUGCAGUGUUUUAAAUUAAACUUGACUAAUUUACGAAACAGUUUUUCUGAGUUUGGUGUCACAAGUUACCAUCAUUUUUAAUUCAUUGAAU